AUGACGAAAGCGACAACAACAGGUCAUUCGGGCUCGCAUCGACGAAAACACAAAUUUCAAAGAUCCGGCCUGCCGACAACUGGAUUCGUAAUAAUAACUGUGUUGGCCGUGCUAUUGGCCUCAGCCUACUAUGCGGAAGCUGGUUCAUCAGCAUCAUCCAUGUUAAAAAGGAACAAUAAUUUUGUGAGAGUCAUUGAAAAGUAUAAAUAUUUGCAAAAGUCGUUACGGUUAUCGGAAAUGAAAAAGAAGGAUGAGAUGGUAUUUUCAAGCGAUUUUAACCAAAGGAAAACAUCCAUUUACGACAACAUUUCAAAUGUGUUUGAUACGAUCUAUCAGAAUAUUUCAUCGUAUGAAUAUGGAAUUGUAGUAGUGAUUAAUAAGAAGGGAGAUGUAUUAUUCUCAAAAUCAUAUGGAACCAAAGAACCUUUUGGAUGGCCAUCGAAAAACAGCAGCUAUUUAGAUGAUAUAUUUGCAAUUUCGGAGGUUUCUUCGUCGUUUACUGCCACCUCCAUGCUACAUUUAAGCGAGAAAGGAAUUUUAGGUGGUAACUUUGAUAAUUUAGAUGCAAACCAAUAUCUUCCGGAUAGUUUAAAGUUCAAACCAGAAAUUAUUGGUAAUUUUGGUUCAGUUCUGGGGCACCCUGUAAUAUCAUCAAACGACACUGUCACAAUCGGAUCGUUAUUAACACAUACCACUGGUCUUGACAGUAGAUUGGUUGGUUCGUGCUCUAGAUCCAAAGUUCACGAAUCAGAGGAGAACGCAUCUGAGUUUUUGUUGCAUUAUUUGGAAAGCAUGCGUGUUCCUCGAAUCAGAAAAUAUGACUUUGUUUCUUCAUUCUCUCAUAUCCCUUUCAUUACUCAGCCGUACCACCUAUGUUUUGUAAACUGGUGGAUGAACUUGCAAAAUUCAAAAAAUUGA